GUGAGCCUGGGCUCCGCCAUGUUCAGCUGGGUGAGCCGCGACGCGCGGCGGCGCAAGGAGCCCGAGCUGUUCCGCACCGUCUCGGAAGGGCUGAAGCAGCUGUACUCGGGCAAGCUGCUGCCGCUGGAGGAGCACUACCGCUUCCACGACUUCCACUCGCCGGCGCUGGAGCCCGCCGACUGGGAGAACAAGCCCAUGGUGCUGCUGGUGGGCCAGUACAGCACCGGCAAGACCACCUUCAUCCGGCACCUGCUGGAGCAGGACUUCCCCGGCAUGCGCAUCGGGCCCGAGCCCACCACCGACUCCUUCAUCGCCGUCAUGGGCGGGGAGACCGAGGGCGUCAUCCCGGGCAACGCGCUCGUCGUCGACCCGCGGCGGCCCUUCCGCAAGCUCAACGCCUUCGGCAACGCCUUCCUGAACAGGUUCAUGUGUGCCCAGCUACCCAAUCCCGUUCUGGACAGCAUCAGCAUCAUCGACACCCCUGGGAUCCUUUCCGGAGAGAAGCAGCGGAUAAGCAGAGGCUAUGACUUCGCGGCCGUCUUGGAGUGGUUUGCCGAGCGGGUGGACCGCAUCAUCUUGCUCUUCGACGCUCACAAGCUGGACAUUUCGGACGAGUUCUCAGAGGUGAUCAAGGCCCUGAAGAACCACGAGGACAAGAUCCGGGUGGUCCUCAACAAGGCGGACCAGAUCGAGACACAGCAGCUGAUGAGGGUCUAUGGCGCCCUCAUGUGGUCCCUGGGCAAGAUCAUCAACACGCCAGAGGUGGUGCGGGUCUACAUUGGGUCCUUCUGGUCCCACCCGCUCCUCAUCCCGGACAACCGGAAGCUGUUUGAGGCCGAGGAACAGGACCUCUUCAAGGACAUCCAGUCCCUGCCCCGCAACGCUGCCUUGCGGAAGCUCAAUGACCUCAUCAAGAGGGCCAGACUUGCCAAGGUCCACGCUUACAUCAUCAGCUCCUUGAAGAAAGAGAUGCCCAAUGUCUUCGGAAAGGAGAGCAAGAAGAAGGAGCUGGUGAACAACUUGGGCGAGAUCUACCUGAAGAUAGAACGGGAGCACCAGAUCUCACCGGGGGAUUUCCCCAACCUUCGCAAGAUGCAGGAGCUGCUGAUGGCACAGGACUUCAGCAAGUUCCAGCCGCUGAAGCUGAAACUGCUGGACGCCGUGGACGACAUGCUGGCCAACGAUAUCGCCCGGCUGAUGGUGAUGGUGCGGCAGGAGGAGUCACAGAUGCCCACGCAGGUGGUCAAGGGCGGGGCCUUCGAGGGCACCAUGAAUGGGCCCUUCGGCCACGGCUACGGGGAGGGGGCCGGCGAGGGCAUCGAUGACGUGGAGUGGGUGGUGGGCAAGGACAAGCCCACCUACGACGAGAUCUUCUACACCCUCUCCCCCGUCAACGGCAAGAUCACGGGGGCCAGCGCCAAGAAGGAGAUGGUGAAGUCCAAGCUGCCCAACACGGUCCUGGGCAAGAUCUGGAAGCUGGCGGACGUGGACAGGGACGGCCUCCUGGACGACGACGAGUUCGCCCUGGCCAACCACCUCAUCAAGGUCAAGCUGGAGGGCCACGAGCUGCCUGCCGAACUGCCCACACACCUGGUGCCCCCCUCUAAACGCAGGAUCGAAUGACACUUUCCCCUCCCGGGGGGCCACCUUUGACUCUGACCCCUCUGCUGUGGGGGCUGGACUGCUGCCCCCAGGAGGUGGCUUUGAACUUCCCCACCCUGUGAGAACAAACAAAAAAAACCCUUCUUGAAUGAAAGGAAGCCCAUGCACAGUAA